UAUUUAGAAUCUCAACAUGAAAUGGACCUGGAAGUGGAACCGCUCAGCCGGACCAGAACCAGCAGAACUCUCGAAGCUGUUCCUCGAAGAUUCUGCUGGAUCAGAACCAGAACCCCGCAGCUCCACAACCCGUCCUGCCUCGGUUCAGCACAGCGGUUCUGGAGGUCCUGCCCCAGGUGGUUCUGAUCCAGUCUGACUACAAGCAUCAGCGCCUCAAAACAGAACCGGUCCAAAACAGACCGCUGGAUGCUGCGUCGCCUAGCAACCGGAUGCUGCCAGAGCGUUGCCAUGGAGACCAGGGCUCCAGAACCAGCCAGGACCCGGUCCGGUCAUCAGCAGCUCAUCACUCAGCCUCUGGACCCUCCGAACCGCCCGCCAGGGAUUAUGGGUCACCGGAACCGGGUCGCCCUUGCUGAGUGCUGACCGGAACCGGCUAUAUUUGUCUCGCGCUCGGAGGAAAACAGGAAGUGAUUUAUAUUUCUUUCAUUUUUUUAUUUGUGGUUUUCCUGAAAACCUGAAACUACACGAACAAAGAUCAAAAAGCUGCUCAGUAAAAGAAUCCGGCUGGUUCCGGACGGACCUGCUGAACGCUCUCUGGCCCAAACAGAACCAGAACCUAGAAUUGGGUUUUUCCUGUAUGAAGUUCGGCGAGCCGCGCGACCAGGCGCCCACGUCACGCUCCGUCCAGCUGUUGCACCUGCGCGAAUCGUUACCUUUAAGAUGCUCGAGGGAUAAAGCCUCGAACCGGACUCCAUUGCAGCCCGGAGUUCGGCCAGCCCGGCCGGACCGUCUCUGUUCAUGACCGACCGCUGCGGAGAGGUUCUGUUCGGCGCUGAGGACGGAUUAGCGUCUGGGGCUUUCUGUCGGAGGAGACCCACGGCACGAGACGGGGUCCGCGCGGAGGGAGCACGAGCCCAACCCUUUCCCUUUAAAGCGCCGACAGAGGGGGGAGAAGAGGAGAUCAAAGAGGAGGGAGGAGGGAGCGAGAAAAAAACAGAAACACCUCCUCCAGACGCCGAGGCGGAGCCACGGACCGAGCCGGGCCGCGGCGCCGCUGAGCGGGGGAGGGGCUGCAGGAAAUACCGAGGCUUGGCUCCUGCGACGGAGGCCUUCCUGGAGAUCCGAAUAAAACUAACCCGAAAAGGUCUGCAGAACAGAACCGAGCCGGUCCAACUGCCCGGUGUCUCCAGGCUGCAGCUGUUUGUAUUAAAAUGCACCAACCAUCACUGGGCCUUAGCGGACCGCAGAACCGAGCCCUGCUGGACUCUCUAAGCUGUCAGUGAGCAGGAGCCACCAGGCCCCAUAAUCGGUACCAGAACAUUUCUCCCUGGGUUCCGGGCCCUCCUCCUCCUCCCCUCUCUGCAGGCUCUCAGCAUGGACACUUCCUGGAGCAACUUCCUCUUCCAGACGACGCCGACCCAGACCCAACCCGAAGCGCCGCUUCAGGCCGAGCUGCUGCCGGACCUGACCGGGUCGGCCCAGAGUCCCCCGGCAGAGCACAUCGUGACGCCCCCGUCCACCGUUGACACGGCCGCCCUGAGCGAGGAGCCGCUGCCAGUCAAGCCGCUGCCCAAGCCGCCCCGGCUGGCCCACAUCUGCUCCACCUGCAACAAGGAGUUCAAGAACAGCUACAACCUGCGGCGCCAUCAGUCCGUCCACACGGGCGUCAAGAUGAAGGACCGCGCGACGCGGGACAAGGAGGACGGUGCCAAGGCGGGCCGGCUGGAGAAGACCACCAUCCCUCUGUCCCUGCUCCAGCUCACGCUGCCGCCCCAGCCGCUGCCCCCGGCCGGCGCCCCGGACGCCCAGCCGCUCUCCGUCUCCGUCGCCCCGGCAACCGUCACCGUGGCCUCUCCCCCUCAGCCCAUCCAGGCGGCCAUCGUUGUGGUGGGCUCCCUGGAGCAGAAUCCCAGUCCCAGCCCGGUUCCGAACCCCAACCAGGUGAGGAAGAACCAUGCCUGUGAGGCGUGCGGGAAGGCCUUCCGGGACGUGUACCACCUGAACCGGCACCGGCUGUCCCACUCGGACGAGAAGCCGUACUCCUGCCCCGUCUGCCAGCAGCGCUUCAAGAGGAAGGACCGCAUGAGCUACCACGUCCGCUCGCACCAGGGCGGUGUGGAGAAGCCCUACAUCUGUCCGCACUGCUCCAAGGCCUUCUCCAGACCGGAUCACCUCAACAGCCACGUGCGACAGGUCCACUCCACCGAGAGGCCCUUCAAAUGCACGACGUGUACGUCGGCGUUCGCCACGCGGGACCGCCUCCGUGCUCACCUGAUCCGCCACGAGGAGAAGGUGCCGUGCCACAUCUGCGGGAAGCUGCUGUCGGCGGCGUACAUCACUGACCACAUGAGGGUCCACAACCAGUCGCAGCACCACUCCUGCCACCUCUGCAACCGCAGUUUCACCACCCUCACCUACCUGCGGGUCCACGCUCAGAAGCACCACGGCCAGGAGUGGAAGGAGAGCGGCGGGGCGCGGGGGGCCUUCGGCGGGGCCAGCGCCGGCGGCGUGCUGCUCUGCCAGCUCUGCGGGGUCCAGUGUAAGACGGCCACGCAGCUCCAGGGUCACAUGGGCACCCACGCCCAGCAGGGCGACCCGGCCCCCGACCAGACCAGCGCCGAGCCCGUCGGCACCACCGGCGCCGCCGUCACCGUGGCCGGCCCGCUGCCAGUGGGGCUGCUGGUCACCGACUGCUCCGGCAUCGGCCCCCAGCCCCACAGUUAGCACGGCGGGGGCCGGGGCCAGCAGUGCUGCCAGAACCACCAUCAGGAUCCAACAUGGCUCCGUGUUCCUGAUAGCUUCCUGUUUUUCCGGGCCUGGACCAGUAGAACCUUUCUGCUUCUGACCCGCCUCUGAGACUCUCACAGACUGAACCCGGAUCAGAACCUGGUCCAGGUGCAGAACUUCUGUUGGCUAUGGAAGUGUAUUUUUAUUCUCAUCUCCAUGGUAACCAGUCAGCUGCCAUCUCCAGAACCUCUCCUGGUUCUGCUGUUUUAACCCAUUUAUGCUCCAUCUAUCAGUGUUUGGUUCUGAUGAAAUGGACCGGACUUCUACUCAGAACUCCCAGUUUGCCUUUGUUGGAGCAGGAGAAGCUCAGAAGCGAGGUUCUGCCGGGCCGGGCCGGGCCUCGGAACCUCUGGUUUGGUGUAAAUUCUCCAGAAGCGGGACGCGCGGCGAUCUUUGACCUUCAGUGACUUUCUGCCAUGUUCUGCAGUGACUCUUCUUCUGUGGUCGUGUUCAUUGAUUCAUUGAUUGAUUGUAACUGAUUAUUAUCACUGGAUUAACCUGCAGUCAGUGCAACGCUACGGACAGAACCAGCUGGAUCCACAUCGUCUAUUUAACCCGCUGCUUGAUUGGACUGGACCUCUGCAGGCAGCUGGAUCAGAACCAGAAUAGAAAAUGUUAAGAAACAGCAUCCAGUCUAGUUUUAUGGAAACUUUUAACUGCAGGAACUGCUGCUGUUCUCCUUUAAAUCAGGCAAAUAUUUUAAUUUGAAGGAGAUUAUAAAACGCUUUGAGACCAAAAAGAAUAUUGGAAUGAAUUUUAGAAUUAGUCUAUUUAAUCUAAAACUCACUAAAAUGAGAUUAAUAUGUAAAGAUAAAUAGUUUUAUAUUUGGCUAUAAAACAAAAACUCAUCAUGAGAAAAUAUAAAACUUGUUAUUGAGUUAAAAAUCUCUUCAUGUCGAGUUCUAAAUCUCAUAACAAAACCUAAAACUUCUCGUAAUUAAAUAUCAAUCUAGUUAUCAUGAGAUAUAAAAUUUUUAGUUGACACAAUAAACCCGUAAUAAGAAGAAAUCUCCUUAUUGUCAGAUUUUGUUCAAAUGAGAUUAAAAUUCUGGAUUAUCAUUUUAAUUGAAUUAAUUGAUCAGCUCUGGCAGUUAAACGUUUCUAUGGAGAAUAUUAUUAUUUGUGAGGUUUUAUUAUUUUUUGACAAUAAAGGUUUGUUUACAUGUG